GGCGGCCGCGGGGCGCUGAGGGGGACGCCGAGCGCGGCGGGGGAGCGGGGCCCCGCGGGGCGGGCAGCCGGGCCUGGGCGCGGGAUGAGCCGUUCCGCCGCCAGCACUGCCGCCCCCGCGCAGGUACCGGCCCGGGGCGGAGGGGCGGGGGGCGUGGGGGCCGCCGCGCUCCGGCUUCGGGGAUCCGCUGCGGAGGCGGCGGCGGGCCGGGCCCGGCCGGGCCUGGUGGUGCGUGCGGCCUGCGGCUGCCCGGGGGCACCGAGAGGAGCGGCCUGCGGGCGGCCCGGCUCCCUCCGCCUGCUGCGCACUGCGCCCUCGACGCUGCCUGUUUCCCGUGCGGCGUGAGGGUGUCUCGGGGCGGGCGGCCUUACAGGAUGGGGGGCUUACAGGCGGCCGCAUCCUUCGCCCCUGUCUGAAGAGGCACUGCUGCCUCGCUGAGCCGCGGUUGGCCACACAGACGAUGUCUGGGGCAAAUCCAGAUGAUCGCAGGAGCGGCCUGACGUAGUGAAACCGUCCUGUUUGCGGAGAGGGAUAAGGCAUUGCGCUCAGCCGGACGUCCGGCAGGACCAGGUUUCUUUGGGGUUACAUCAGCCCAACUUUCCCGACCGCGUGCAGACACCGAGCUGAGACGUGACAAUGGUGCCGUGGCACGGGGCAUGCAGCAGCCGCACACUGUGUUCCAGCCCAUGCACUUCAGCCUGACACGCAGUGCCGGGACGGACCUUUGUGCUGACACAUCUUUAGAGCUCAGGGAAGUACAGAAUGUAACUGCCGGUCAACAGGAAUUACUCCGUCUUGUUUCUAAGCAGGCGGAGCUGGCAGGGCUGGCUUUAGUAAGGCACUUUCUAAACUGUGAAGUCGUUUAUCAGUUACAGAGUUCUGAUCAGCAGGAAAAAAAUGAGUCUUUAGUAGUCAAAACUUAACCAUACAGUGAACUACAAAGCCUUUGAAUGUUUGUAUCAUAUGCAUCAAUUUUCCUCCUAGGAUCUGCUUGUCGAUAUAUCUUUUUUUUUAGCUCAUACUUUCAAGAAUGAGUGUGGCACACCUUAAUUUAGCACUGUUCCCUUCUCCCUCCCUCCCUUCUCCCCGGGUUUUCAGCAAACCUGCUAAGAAGGGGAAAGGGAGAUUAACUUCCAGUAACUGCAGUGGAGAUUAACUUUCAGUCUGUGUAGAGCUUGACUCACAGGCCUGGCCUUGGAGCUGAUGUCUCCAUUGUGAGCUUUUUAUAGUUGCUUAUUAAUGCGCUGAAAAUACCUGCUUGCACUGGCACUUCUUGGUCAUUGAAGGAGAUCUUCUAGGAAAACUCCCUUGGCACCCAAGCCUUGUUAUCAAAGACACUAUUAAAAUCUUCCAAAACUUUCAUGUUCAUUUUACCUGAAUGAUUCAACAAAGAUUUUCUGGAGUUUCACACAGGACACACUCAGAUGUUGGAUUUGAGUCCUGUGUGUAUGAAAGAGUGCUGAAAAAACAGUGGGAGUGAGGAAUGCAGUGCAGGGGCAUGGUCAGACAAUGGGAAAAUGAGAACUGGGCUGAGAGCAGCCCACCUUAGAAAUGGGCAGGGCUGUCACUACCUCGUGCUCUUUUCAGUGUCUCUGUGGCACUGUGGGAUGGAAACCUUGAAUAACUAUUUAGUGUUGGUAAAUAAAGGAGAGCAUGAUGAGUUAAAGUUGUAGCAGCCAUGACGCAGGGUGAAGUCUCAGCGGAGAGACGUAAUGGAAGCAGCCUGUAUAUGCUUUUCCCAGCAUUAACGCUAAUGCCCGCUAUGUGUCAGGUGUUCCGUCUCCUUUCUCAUUUGUGUAUCAAACACUCACGCACAUGAAUUCCCAGACAUGAAAGCUGUAUGGUAAUGCAGGUGCUCACAAGCACUGCUGUGCACCUGUUCUGUGGCACGGCUACAAGUGCCUGCGUGCAGCCUGGCUGCUGGCAGUGGGCACGGCAUGCUGGGAGCUGUCCUCGGGGCUGGAGCAGUGAUUGAAGGGGACGGCUCUUGCAGCCUGUUGCAUCAUGCAGAUGAAGUGCCAUCACCUCAUGUUCACGUGCCCUUCUUGGUGAAGGAGACUGCAACCACCAAUAGAGUGUGUAAGGGACAAUGCUCAGAUAUCUGACUGCUGGGUAAGGCUCAUAUUCUUCACUGCCUCACAGCAUUGUAAGAAAGAGUGAAGCUUUAGCUAAAAAAGCCACAUGUAGCAUUUGUCCUUUGAAUGUUUUUCUCAGACUUUUCUGUUUAGAGGAAAGUAGACACAAAUGCGUGAAUAAAUAGGGCGUGGAAGUGGACGCUGUAAGAAGGCAGCAACAAAGCCAAAAGCUGUGUGGCCGUGAUGCUUGGUUUACCUGUGAGCAGCCUGUGUGCAAGGUUCAAGUAGCGCGGUUUCUGCUUUGUUAAGGAAUUCUUUGGUUGAGGGGGAAUCAGUCAUCUGUGGAUUUGUGAAUGAGACCAAAGGUCAGUUCCUUCUGCUUGUUUUUCUGUGUAAAAUUCGAUCACGUUCCCCCAGAGUAGAGCAUUGCUUGAGUGACUGGCACUUAGCAAGGACCCUGCUGGCAUCACAACCUACAGGACUGAAGAGUUGGAUGAGUUUGGCUGAAACAAGUUCACCAAGUUUCCUUCACGUUCAGGUCAGGCAGCAGCAGCUAACCUGAGGGUACCAAGGCAUUUUUGUAAAUAAAAUGUUUGCUGCGGUUCUAGUCUUGAUUUUUCCAAGAGUGAUCCCAAAGGUGAGCACUGUCUCAGCCCCAGCAGGUCACACAUAACCAUCAGAGGAUCCCUGCACAAACGAGGAGGUGCAGGCUGCCCAAUGCCAGGCCUUGGGUGUGCCAGGGGCGGAGUUCCAAGGUGAUAGUUGUCCCUGAAAUUACAGCUCCCUGACAUGAAAUCCUGCCCAAUGCUUGCUACUAUGCAUUAGGCUCCAGUGACUCAGCUGUUACGGCGUUGGGAGCUUGAGGUGAGAGUAUGAGCCUCCAAACAUUUUGUGGAUGUUAUAGAAAGCUUGGGAUCUUGCAGAAGGAAUCCUGAUUCAGGUGGAGCAGGGCAGAACUGUAAAGCUCUCAUCUUCUGAACCUUGCAUCUGAGACUGCCAUAUGCAAUGGACACUGAUCUCAGUUCGCAGGACAGGAAGGACCUGGACAAGUUCAUCAAAUUUUUUGCUCUAAAGACGGUACAAGUAAUUGUCCAGGCCCGACUUGGAGAGAAAAUCUGUACCCGAUCGUCGUCCUCCCCAACAGGCUCCGACUGGUUCAAUUUGGCCAUCAAAGAUAUACCAGAGGUUACUCAUGAAGCAAAGAAAGCCUUGGCAGGACAGCUACCCGCUGUUGGACGGUCUAUGUGUGUGGAGAUUUCUCUUAAAACCUCAGAGGGGGAUUCCAUGGAGCUAGAAAUCUGGUGUCUAGAAAUGAAUGAGAAGUGUGACAAAGAAAUCAAAGUCUCAUACACAGUAUACAACAGACUGUCUCUACUACUGAAGUCUUUGCUUGCUAUAACCAGGGUAACUCCAGCCUACAGACUCUCAAGAAAGCAAGGCCAUGAAUACGUGAUAUUGUACAGGAUAUAUUUUGGUGAAGUACAACUGAGCGGCUUGGGAGAAGGUUUUCAAACAGUUCGUGUUGGGACAGUGGGUACCCCAGUGGGCACCAUCACUUUGUCUUGUGCCUACAGAAUCAACCUUGCUUUCAUGUCAACCAGGCAGUUUGAGAGGACCCCUCCUAUCAUGGGGAUUAUCAUUGACCACUUUGUGGACCGCCCCUAUCCCAGCUCUUCGCCCAUGCAUCCCUGCAAUUACAGAGCUGGUGAAGACAAUGGUGCAGUAUACCCCUCAGUAGAAGAUUCCCAAGAAGUGUGUACUACAUCAUUCUCCACCUCUCCUCCAUCUCAGUGUGUUUUUACUGUCACAAAGGCACAUUUUCAGACCCCUCCUCCUGUGGUGACGGACACCUUGAAGGUCCCAGUGAUGGGGCUGGCCUUUUCACAUCAACUUUCCAGCUCUCGUCUUUCCUAUCAGCCUGCUGCCCUGGGAGUUGGAUCAGCUGACAUGGGGUAUCCUGUACUCUUUGCUGGUGGCUUGAAUGCUGCACACCCUCACCAGUUGAUCGGUCCAGGCAAAGAGGGGGGAGUUCCCCCAGUUCCUAGCCAGCCAGCACAUGGCACUCAAGCUGACCAAGAGAGGAUGUGCACCCCACUAGAUGGAGUCCACUACUCAGCAGCUACUCCUUCCAGUAGCGAGGACACGGAAACAGUAUCAAACAGCAGUGAAGGGAAAUGUGGCUCCCCGCAUGACCUUUUGGAGACUAUCUUUAUCCGGAAGGUGGGAGCUUUUGUCAACAAACCUAUUAACCAGGUGACCAUGGCCAACUUAGACAUUCCUUUUGCUAUGUUUGCUCCCAAGAAUGUUGAGCUGGAAGAUAACGACCCCAUGGUCAAUCCUCCUGAUUCCCCAGAAACUGAAUCUCCUUUACAAGGCAGCUUACACUCAGAGGGCUCCAGUGGCAGCAGCGCAGGGAACACCCACGAUGACUUUGUUAUGAUUGAUUUUAAACCAGCAUUUUCAAAAGAUGACAUUCUUCCAAUGGACCUGGGGACAUUUUACCGGGAGUUUCAGAACCCCCCUCAACUCAGCAGCCUCUCCAUUGACAUAGGAGCUCAGUCCAUGGCAGAGGAUUUGGACUCGUUACCAGAGAAGCUGGCAGUCCAUGAGAAAAAUGUCAAAGAGUUUGAUGCCUUUGUAGAAACCUUGCAGUGAAGCGAUUUUCCAGUUUUGCUGCAGCAGUUCUUCCUCCUCGGGGCAUCAUGGAGAACGAUGUCAACAAAUAUCUGUCACCCCUGCUCUGCCUUUUGUCUCGCUUUGACUAUUUCCUUCCAUCAAGUGAGCUUUCUUUGACUGCUGUUUCAACAGCAGGUACAGCUCAUCUGCUGGUUUUCCUCAGCUGCUCCAUUGCAUAGUUCUGGACCGCUCUUCCCGUUCGCAUUCAGUCUUGAAUUUAUGACCAGUAGGUACACAGGAAGUCAAACUCCAAUGUAUGAAACCCAUUUUCUCUUCAGUCUGUUCUGUGUGGAGGGGCCGUGUGAAAAAUUGCCAUCUUCUUCCUCCAAAAGUCCUAUGGUGUGAGUUCCCUCAACAUAGCUUCUUGCUAACUGACAUUUUUUUCCUACAGUCUUUGAUCCCCUUAGAGCAUAGAGAGCUUUGGGUCAUUUCUAAGGUCUGUGAGUUCAGCAGAUCAGCAGCUCUAUGUCCAGGACAUCCAUUCCGCAGAAUGGGCCAUUUCAGCCUGACUUCAGUGUGAGUGCCCGGAGCACAGGGAGAGACAUCGGCUUUGGGACCUGUGUAAUACAAGUUACCUUUGUUUUUCUGCUUCUAAGGAACUGAGUCUCUACACGGUCGUGUGCGACGCCUUCUGUAACGGCUCGCUGAUAAGCAGGAGUGAAACUACAGAAGUGCUUUUCCACAUUUCCUUCCUGAGUGUACUGACACUCAGCUAUGUUGAGUUUACCAGUUUUGACUGUGUUGGCAAGCCUGUACGUAGCAGCUGUGAUGCUGAAUUCGUAGUCUCUGCUUUUGAAAUGUAACUGUAAAUACUAGGAAUCCUAUUUCUUUAGGGUUAUGUAAUUAGGAGUCGUAGUCUGAGAUUCUUUCCUCUAACCCACGCAAACUCUCCUGCUUUAUGGUUAAUAGAUGAUCUUAAGAAUUGAGAAAUAUUUAUUGCUUUUACAGAAACCUAUAUUUAAAUAUGUUGUUUUCAUGUAGUUGUGCGGGUCGUUCUGCCCGGAUCACUGCAGACAGCAUGUGUGCCAUGGAAGCCUGUCCAGUGAGUCUCCUUUUGCAGGAAAAUAUCCAAGAUAUUUAUUUUAUAAGACAGACUUGAUUAUUCUAAUAUAAUACUCUGUUCUGGGGACUGUGUUUCCAUUUCAUCCAGUCAGGGCCCACUGAUAGAAUGAAAUGCACACAUCAGUGUAGUGGAGUGGCAGGGACUUAAAAGCUGUAUUCUGAUAGGUGUGGAUGAAUUUGCAGUGUUCUUCAGCCAUUCAGAAGGCAGCUUCUUUAAAGAAGCACAUUUUUGGGAGCUUAUGGUACUUUUUAAUCAGCUGGCUUUCGAUGAGCUGAAAUUUUAUUUUUGUAAUGAGCUGGCUAAUGGCAGUGUGAGUGGCUGGCAGCACUCGGGUUGAUCAGGCCGUUGCACGUCUUUCGUCUGAUAGAAGGACAGGAGGAGAAACGGUGACACUAAGCAGAAACUUAGAGAAGGUUGGUCUUCUUGUGGUUCAUUUUUCUACUCCCAAGUGCAACUAGAAUGAGCAACUGUAAAGCCCCUUACUGUCCAAUACACUUUUUUCCCCCUUCCUACAGAAGUGGUGGUGUUCCCUCUACACCGAGGAACCAUCUUCGCUUCCCUAGAGUGGUUGAGUAACCAGCCUUCAGGUCAGUGCAACGUGGCAGCUUCUUCAACUGUGCUGCAUUCUCAAUUGUAAGAGAUGCUUAGCAGAUGGCCGGGGAAGCCCAUCUCCUCUCUAGAACACUAAUUCUGUGCCCACUGGUAGAGCAAGGAACCAAGUUCAGAGUAGAGCUUAUUGUAAGGUCAGAGCAAUGCAGUGCUUGAACUUUACCAGCUUUCAGGUUAAAAGGUGCGUUCCAUGGAAGGACAGGUGAGCUCUAAAGCUCCAGGUUAUAGCUGUGUUGAAGAAGCACCCACCAGAACAUAGCCAGAUAACUCACCCAGUCCAUCUUUUCUGGAGCCUCACACAGACACCGCUUACUACUUGCAAAACCAGAUGCACAGACGUUUUUAAGAAGUUUCUAAAUGGCUCACAGAAUGAUUUAAGCUACAUGGGGUUUGAUAAAUACUUGUGUACAUACAGCCAGAGCCACCUUGCUUUACAGGUGGAAUGGGUAUCAGAAGGGUGCAGAAACACAAGGACUGAGAGUGUCACCUGGCUCUCAUCUCUGCUCACAGGUUGGUCCCUACUGCCCUGUAUGAAGUAGCGACCGCCCCUCUGUGAGCUGCCACCUUUCCCUUAGCUUACAGCCAGCGCGUGGGAAAGCUGUAUGAUCUGAGCUGCCAAGCAGCAGAGAUGGGGUAAAGUGCUGGUUUGCACUGUAUUCAGGGAAGAAGACUAGAAUAGGUUGGACUUUAUCUAGCCAGCAAUCCUGCUGGCCUCUGGGCGCGCUGAAAAGCUGUAGCUGGAGGUGGCAGAAAGCGUGCCCUUUUUGCUGAUCCUGCCCAGAAGGUCCCCCGAGCCAAAUACUCGCGCUCAUGUGUUGCUACAGCUCCCGCACCUCAUAGAGCGGAACUUCAGUGUGGCAGUUCUUUUCUAUGGAAGGCUGGAAAUUAGCCUAUGUAAGCUGCUGGUGUUGAGCUGGAUGACCAUAGCAAUAAAGAGAUUAUUCUCUAGGGCUGAGUUAUGUGCCUCUUUUCUGGACAUUCCUCAGCUUCAACACGUAGUUGCUACAUCUAGGCUCCGAGUUCUCUGACCACUGUGUAAAUGCUCAGCUUCAGGAAAGAUCUAGCUGCUGCUGUAGCCUACUACAGAUUGCGUUACGGGGGCUGCUUAUUUUAGCAGACGUCUGCUCAAGUCUGUGCUGAGGACAGCAUGUGUAUAGCUGCUGCUUUACAGAUAUUUUGGGUGAAGGAAAAGGCUCCUAAAUUGUAUUGUUUUGGAAAUAGUCUCCGCUGUACUUCAAGUAUUCAAAGAAUUUCCAAUAAAACUUUUAUGUAAGCAA